AUGAGACUGUCACCUAGAGAACUCGAAGGACUGUUGGUGUCCCAAGUGGGGUAUGUGGCACAGAGACGUUUAGCUCGUGGCCUCAGACUGAACUAUCCAGAGGCAGUUGCACUUAUUGCUUCGCAGCUACAAGAACUAGUACGAGAUGGACUCAGUAUUUCAGAUCUGGUGGAGAAAGGUCGCCACAUCCUUGGUCGUAGACAGGUUAUGCCAGGAGUGGAGUCAAUGGUGUCUGAAGUUCAGAUAGAAGCUACUUUUCCUGAUGGAACAAAGCUGGUUACAAUUCAUAAGCCAGUAGCCAGUGAAAAUGGAGAUCUGGAGCUGGCUCUGUAUGGCAGUUUUCUUCCUGUUCCUUCAUUGGACAAGUUUGAAGAUAUGAAGGAUAAGCCCAUAGAUGAUGACUAUAUUGCUUGUCCUGUGAAUGUGACCCCUGGAGAGAUGUUUAUUCAGGAUGGAGAUCUCAUCAUUAAUGAAGGAAGACAAGCCAUCUGUUUAGAUGUCACUAGUUACUGUGACAGACCUAUCCAGAUUGGAAGCCACUACCACUUUGUAGAAACAAACAAGUAUCUGGUGUUUGACAGAGCUGCAGCUUAUGGAAGACGACUGAACAUUCCUUCAGGAACAGCAGUGCGUUUUGAGCCAGGAGCUAUGAAAACUGUCAACUUGGUAGACAUUGGAGGAAGAAGAAUCAUUCGAGGAGGUAACAACCUCUGUGAUGGACCAGUUAACAGCAGCAAUGGUCUCACUGACAUGAUGAAGAAAGUCAACGACCUUGACUUUGGACAUAAGGAACAGAAUGUGAUUUUAGCAGGCCCACCUAUAAAGAUUACGAGGCAUUUGUAUGCACAUACAUAUGGACCAACUGUUGGAGACAAGUUAAGACUGGGUGAUACAAGCUUGAUCAUUGAAGUAGAAAAAGAUUUCACACUCUAUGGAGAAGAGUGCAAAUUUGGUGGUGGAAAGGUUCUGAGAGAUGGCAUGGGUCAAGCCUCCAGACUGCCAAGUGGUACUGCUUUGGACACAGUCAUUACAAAUGCUCUUAUUUUGGAUGCAGUGUCAGGAAUAAUUAAAGCUGAUAUUGGGAUCAAAAAUGGUAAAAUUGUGGGAAUUGGAAAAGCUGGUAACCCUGAUGUCAUGAGUGGAGUACAAGAGAAUAUGCUGGUUGGUGCAUGCACUGAAGCUGUUGCUGGAGAAGGUCUUAUUUUGACAGCAGGUGCAAUGGACACCCAUGUUCAUUUCAUUUGCCCUCAACUGGCUCGGGAGGCAAUAGCAUCCGGAAUAACUACACUGAUUGGAGGGGGUACUGGGCCUGCCACAGGCACCAAUGCUACAACAUGCACACCAGGAGUGCAGCAUAUCAAGCACAUGAUGCAAGCGACUGAUGCUUUUCCUCUUAAUUUUGGCUUCACUGGGAAGGGAAAUACCUCCAAUACAGAGAGAGUACCAGAUGAAUUAUGGGAGCAGGUCCUUGCUGGAGCAAUGGGUCUAAAGCUUCAUGAAGACUGGGGGACCACACCUGCUGUUAUUGAUGCCAGCCUCAACAUUGCAGAGAAAGCUGAUAUACAGAUCAUGAUACACACUGACACACUGAAUGAGUCUGCAUGUGUUGAGCAGACUAUUGAGACAUUUCAAGGCAGAACCAUUCAUGCCUACCAUACUGAGGGAGCAGGAGGUGGUCAUGCCCCCGACAUUAUCAAGAUAUGUGGUAUAGAGCAUGUGUUGCCUUCAUCCACCAACCCAACUCGUCCAUACACAGUGAACACUUUGGACGAGCAUCUGGAUAUGCUGAUGGUUUGCCAUCAUCUUGACAGAAACUUGAAAGAGGAUGUUGCUUUCGCGGAAUCAAGGAUUCGAGCCGAGACCAUUGCCGCUGAAGAUAUUUUGCAUGAUCUUGGCGCUAUCAGCAUGAUGGGCUCUGAUUCACAGGCCAUGGGUCGGAUUGGUGAGGUCAUCACAAGAACUUGGCAAACUGCAGACAAAAUGAAACUGUUCAGAGGAAGGCUAGGAGAGGAAGUGGGAGACAAUGACAAUGUCAGAGCAAAGCGCUAUGUAGCCAAAUAUACCAUCAACCCGGCCAUUGCUCAUGGAGUGUCUCAACUAGUUGGAUCUGUUCAGGUUGGACAGUUGGCAGACUUAGUUUUGUGGAAACCUGCCCUAUUUGGUGCCAAACCAGAGAUGAUCAUUAAAGGGGGACAAAUUGCUUGGGCUCAAAUGGGUAUUGCUAAUGCCUCGAUUCCAACUCCUGAACCCGUCAGGCAAAGAAAAAUGUUUGGCGCCUAUGGAAAGGCUGUUGGUCCACAAUCCUAUGUCUUUGUAAGCAAG